ACCACCAGUUGCAGGCUGCGAUGGACCACCCAUAGAGCUGAGUGUUGACUACACACCUCAGAAACUUUUCUCACCUGGUUACCCCCACAAUUAUAACAACAACAUGACGUGCUACUGGGUGCUCAGGGCACCCAUAGACAGAAGCUCCGGCUUUGUCAUCCAGCUAGCGACCCUGCAAAUUGCUCUCGAUCCUGUGUUCGAAACCAACUCAGACUGCAGCGAUAACUUGGAGGCGUUUGAAGGGAGUCCAGGUAACCUUGGUGACAGUCUGGCCAGAUGGUGCGAUGGUCAAAAAGUCAUCAAAACAAACAACAUGUACAUGACUAUAAGAUUUGCAUCCAACGAGCAAUACACUGGUCAAGGCUUUGUGCUGGAGUUUGCUUUGGUUAAAUAUGCUACAGCAGAAUGCCAGCCUGGGAAUGUUAUUCCCAUCUACGCAGGCAAAGCGCCCCUCUAUGAAGAAUUCACGGUGAAAAAUUCGGAAAGAAGGUGUAUCUGGAGGAUCGAGGCUAUAGACAACACAGGCGCCAUAGAUCUCAACUCGGCCCUCGUCAUUGAGGCCUUCACCGUCCCCAGCUUGUGGUGUGAUCAGGGGAGGUUCGUUAUAUUUGAUGGUUCCACCAAAGACAGCCCUAAGAUCCUGGAGUGGUGCAAUGAACUUGGAUCCUUCUCCCAGAUAUACCUGUCUUCCAGCUACGCUACCUUGACCUUUGUCUUUGAACCAGGACAAGAGGUAGAGGAAGAGAAAAACAACCUGCAGCUGAAGAUCUACUCCAGGAAUAUCAAAUAUUCCUGCUCGUCAACCAAAACAUUCCCCAACAUCAACGUUGGUCAGAACCCUGUCUACUUCAGCUUGCCCACGUCUAUACACGAGAGAGACGCCGCGUGUGGUGUACUGGUCUCACAGCAGGGCAAGGAUUUUGUUAGGCUGGACGUUCUUAGGGUCAAAGGUCAAAGUGUAACCUGUGACACUGAUGCUGUUGUGGUGGAAAGAGCAUCCAUCUUAACUCACGUGAAUAAACAAUGCAACCUGCACAAGCAACCCAUGUAUUUAACCCAACACAGUGAUGUCAUUGUCACAUCAAAAUUCUCAGAUCAAAGAGUUUAUUUAAAGGCAACUUCUGUUGGCAGGUUUUGUGGAGGGGCAAAGCAAAUUGUUCUGGCAACCUCUGACAUGAUAAAAAAAGAAAAAGUUCCAGUAUUGAUGGAUGGGAAAUCUGAAGUCCCACUCAACUGUGUAGCCAACCUAGUAAUCAGCACCAAGAUGGCUGAUGAAUCAGUUGUUGCUAAAAUCAAUGUCCCACCGUCAGUCUUUCAGGCAGAGGAUCCUAUGGCCAGAGACCCAUGCAUGGGAGACAUUAUCAAUGUUUUUGAUGGAAAUUCCUCAACAGACCGCCUACUUUUUUCUUCCUGUAACCAAACACAUAAGUCAAGGAUUUAUUCUGAAAUUAAAGUCUAUGGCACAAAGCCGUGGAUGUUGAUUCAGUUCAACACAAAUGACUACCACCUGUCUUCACAGAUCAAUGUAGAAUUUUAUGCUGUCCCAGUUAAGACAGAAUGCCUCAACAAGGUUCUAACAGUCAACAGUUCUGGCACUGUUUUAAAAUCACCUAAUUAUCCAAACUACUACCCAUUGGACUACAACUGCAGCUAUCAAGUGGUUGCUGAAAGUGUCAAUGAUGUUGUUGUUAUUGAUGUAAUGGACGCCAACUUUUCUAGAGGCUGCAGGGACAUCCUGAGUUUUUAUAAUGGUAUGGACAAUCACAUGACAAGCGAACCAUUUGGCCGAGUUUGUGGUUACGACAGAGAGACCACUUUUGUCAGUAAACUGAGUUCGGCCACCAUUCAAUUUCUGACAGACGAGAUGUCAUCAGAGGGGGGCUGGAUGCUGCAGGUCUACACAAGGAAGGGAGGCAACUCCUCCACCAUCUCCUGUCUUAAUCUUACACUUUUGUUUAUUGCUCUUAUCCUGGUGUACUUAUAAACAUGAACAGUAAACACUAGCCACACCCAUAGAUCAAUAAGCAAACACUUAACCACAGCCAUAGACCAACACACAGUAAACACUAGUCACAGCCAUAAACCACCACAGAAAACACUAGCCACAGCCAUAGAACAAAGAAAACACCCAAUAAACACAAGGAUUAGGACAUGAUAAAUUAGAUGUUUUCCUUUUUUGUGCAGGCAGUCUAUCAGCAGCUUAUGGAUGUAAAAUAGCGCAAGAAAUAUUAUGUUAUAUCUGUUGUAUGUGUAAAAUAAUAAUUAUAUGUUGCUUGAAAAUUUAAAAAAAACAUAAUUUCAUAAAAUAAUUAAUUUUUUAAAAAAGAUUUAACUGAAUCAACUAUUUUAAAAAUGAAAAAAAAAAAUCAGUCUUACAAAAAAGUUGUUUUUUUCUUAACUUAGUUUUUAACAAUUCACAUACUAAACCAUGUUUUGUUUAAUUUUUUAAAAGAUUUUACCCACACCCUCAUUCAAUUACUGUCCCAUCUCUUCAAAACUGCAUCAUAUUGUUUAUAGAUGUCAUGCUGUGCUUUAUUUCAACUAAUUUUUAAGCAGUGUUAAGGGCUAUAGCAGAUCAAUGAAAAACUUUGUCAUGAUUUAACAAUUUAAAUUUCAAAAUGUGACUCACAUUUUAUCUUUUCUAAAAAACAAGUUAAUAAAAAGUCUAGUGACAAUUUAAGCGCAAUUUCCUUAAUUAAUUUUUUGUGACCGAACGAAAGGAUAUUUUUGAAAACUUUCUUCGGCAAUAUUGUUCCAAAUUAUGGCAGGAAUCGAUUGGUAAAUGUUUCAAGUCGCUUAGUGGUCUGGUUGCCGAGAUAUGGGCCAAAAACUGCAUUUUUUAAGAGGUUUUUUGGCUUUUCCGGGAAAUCCAGGAAGGAAUUCCGGGAAUUUUUUUGGCCCACAAUCAUUCGCGGAACUUGCUUAACAUAUUUGCUUUUGGAACUAGUCCUCGAUAUUGCUUCGUUGAGGAGGAGAUACGACUUAAAGCUGCGGACACACAUCCAUCCAUCCAUCCAUCCAGAAAUAACGAAUUAAUAAUCGCAAUUGUCAGUAUGGGAAUUGCGCUAAAAACUAGCCAAUGUCUGUUAGUAUGAACAUGAAAAAUUCUUCAUAAAUUAAUAAAAAAAUCUUUAAUUAAAAUUGUUUGAAUCAGCUGAUGAAUUACUGUAAACAAUCUACACACCAGUCAUGUAUACCUUACAACAAUUUGCGUAAAAAGUGUAACUUUUAUUCUGAAUGUGACUUUUAAUUAACAUGAGAAUUUGACUUUUAAUAUAAAAUGAAUUGUAUUGUUUUCGGGAGUGUAUGGGUUUGGAUUUUUGUGGGGAUGUGUGAUGGUAGGAGUGUGUGUUGUAAAAAAAUCAUUAAAAAACAUGACAUCAAUUAUGGAUGACCCCUUCUAGAGAAUAUUGUUUUUAAAACAAUUAUUGAAGGCAUUGAAAAAUGUAAAGUUAAAAUUCAAAACAAAAACAUGUAAUAAGAAUAAUGAAUGGAAAUACAUUAUUAAACUUAUUAUACAAAAAAGAUGACUAUUUAUGUACAUUUUAGAAUUAUUUUAGUUUAGAUAUACUUAUAUCUUUUUUAGUGAAUACAUUUGUUUAAACACAUUUGCUUGAAUGUAGAUCUAGUAGUUAGCCAUUAUUUUUCAUUAGUUACAUCAGCUGAAUGUGUCCACUCUUUAUACUAUGGCUUAUGUUGACUAGACGAGCCUGACUUUUAGACUGCUGUGCCCAUAUUUAGCAGGGACAUGAGUCAAGUGAAUUGUUUUAUGAUUGCUGUGCUGUAUUUGAAGAGAGAAUUUAAGUGUAGGCCUUGUAUAAAGUUUGAUGACAGUGUAGAACUUUUGUUGCAACAUUCUAUUCAUGACUCUCACACAGAGACAAAUUUUUGGUUUACUUUUACAUGGCAGCAUUUAUACAAGAGAUAGAAACAAUAAUAAACUCCACUUUAUUAAACCAUUUCUCUCAUACUAGAUCAACUUAUUACUUAACUUACUUUAAAUAGCCUAAUUUAUAGGCCUAAGUAUGCACUUUUUAAAAGUUUACAUAAAUUCUAUCUAAGCUGUAGAAUAUAAUUGCAAAUUCAUGCUCAUACAUAUAAUUAUUUUAAUUGUUAGAGUUGCUUGAUUAAAUAUUACAAUUCAUCACGUAGUCCGGUUUAUUUUAAUAAGCUCAUUAAAGAUAAAAGUGCCAGAUUUUUGUGAAAAGGCAAACCAAACUUCAUAUGUAAUCUUAUAUUAAUAAAAAAAUUGAUA